GCCUGUCUAACUUUUCAUCUUGACAAUAAGAUCAGAGAGUAGAGUCGCAUUACAGCAGCCGCGUUUCAUGGGAAAGCAGCCGAAAAUGGUUCGCUUCUGACAGGCCACCAAACAUUGGAUAUACUUUGAUUUCUGUCGAUACGUUUUUUAAUACUUUGGUUUGAAAACAUUCUUCCUGGAGAUUAAGAAAGCUACAAGUGGUCGGAGGAAAACUCGGAAAACACGCCAUCGUAGGAUGGACAAAUCCGAAGCUAUGAAAGUAUGCAUGGCCCUUGUUAUUUUUAGUUUGGCACUUGUGGGUCAUGGAGCAGCAGAGCUGGGGGUUUCAGCUGAUCACCAGAACCGCACAGCCAGACAGAUGACCUGCUUAGAGAACCAUGAAUAUCCUCACAACGGAUUCUGCUGCAAAAACUGUGAAGCUGGCACUUAUGUGAAAGAGAAGUGUACCAGUGGCCAGGUCAUGGGCAAAUGCUCGCCCUGUGAGAAGGGCACGUAUGCAGAGCACCCUACUGGCAUGGAGCAGUGUCUGCAAUGCAGCCAGUGCCACAGAGAUCAGACUGUGGUUGCAGAAUGCACCAGCACAAGCAACACUAAGUGUGAUUGCAAAAUUGGCACCUUCUGUCUGCCGGAUGAACCAUGUGAAGUGUGCAAGAAAUGCACCAAGUGCAAAGCUGAUGAGGAAGAAGUGAGCGGGUGCACUCCCACAUCCAAUACAAAGUGCAGGAGACGCCCCUCUCACCCGACAGAAGGCCCGACAGAAAAACCAUCAGCCUCAAAUAGCACUGGCACUAUAGUUGUCAUUGUGUCAAUUCUGAUUCUACUGGUCAUAUGCGCGAUAGUCGGUGCAAUAUUGUUUUUGAAGAGAAGGCAAAGACAACAAAGUGAGACUGAUGGCAAUCUUGAGGAAGUGAAGGUUCCUAUUGAUGAGUGUCCAAGAUCAGAAGAGGAGCAAGAGAACAGCCGAAAUGCAGGACUGGAGAAAGAGGAGGAGCACCGGCCAGAGUCCCGGCCACUCUUAACACAAGAAACACAGGAAACAGGCAGCAAGAGCAUCCCAGUGGAGGAUGAGGAUCGAGGACUGGGAGACAGCCUGCCAAACACAACCAGCUCUUCCCAAACCAGUCUAUCUGCACUCCCUCAAAUCAUUGGGGAUUCACCGCGAUCCAGCCCCCCGGCCCAGAGACCGACCGACAGAGAUCAGACUGAAUCAUGGCCACGGGAAGACGAUCCUCCCAGAAAACUCCUCCCUUUGCUCGGUGAAGAGGAAUCUCUGAGCAAGAGCUUUGACCUGUUUGACUCUCUGGACGUGCGGUACCACAACAAGUUCUUCCGCAGCAUCGGCGUGAGCGACAACUCCAUCAAGCUGGCCGAAACCCAGCAGCCCAUGGACAAAGUCUACGACCUCUUGCGGGUAUGGAUGCAGAAAGAAGGCCUGCGGGCAAACAUUAACACGUUACUACAAGCACUGCUGGACCUAGACCAGCGCUAUUCAGCAGAACACAUUGCCUCUAAGGCUGUGGAAAGAGGCUACUACAAAUACGAGUGAUGCCUCUAUAAAGACUGCAAGACGUUAUCGUGGAGAGGUGUUGAUUCAGUUUGAAUUCUCCCCUGUUGGGCAUGAACUGAAUGGAGAUUUGGCAGAAUCACCCUCUCUGUAGCGCCCACAGUGAGUUUACAAGCCAACACUGGACCCUUUUUAAAAGGAUUUACACUGGCUAUCAGGCGAGGGCGCUGUUUUCCCUCUCUAUAGUGCAUUGUGGUGUUACUUCAUGCACUGGCCUCAGGCUUUCAGGUUGGUCUAAAGCCUGCAUAUAGAUGUUUUUAAACCUUUGGUUUCACCAAAUGUUCAAACUUAAACAAGCGUUAUGUAGUUUUAGUGAAUAUCCUCACACUACACUUUGUCGUAUUUCAGCCUCUGCUACAAACCUGGUUAC